AUGUCGGGCUACCAUGGUGGGCCUUUCGGUCGUGAGUCGACUCUUGCGAAACCUAUUGCUUUUCUUGUGUCUCUGCAUGAGCGUUCCUUCCUAUCCUUGCAGAAGGCAUUUGCUAACUGGACAGAAUCCGGAGACAACCCAUACAAGCUUCCCCCACCGCGCACACCCGCCAACUUACAAUUUGCACCCGACCCAUUCCUACGACAGCGGGACUCGGAUCGAUCAGAUUUGACUCGAGAUGCUGCCCCAGCAGAUCCUCCAUCUGCACGGCAGACCAAUGAACAGCUGCCGUCCGUCAGAUCGCUUUUGACGCCAGUAACAGGUUCGAGCUCACCUCCGCCAUACCGUCAUCAGGCAUAUGGCGCGACAACCCCAAGUGAACCACAGCGGGAGUUGGGCUAUCCCUUUCGCCAACAAGAUCCCGUAUUUCCUCCCCUCCAGAUGGGAGCACUUGAUCGACGUCGAUCAGAGUCCCUACCGCAUUCCCAACACGCCAGCCUCCCACCUCUAUCACACGUGGCCAUGACCGAGCCCGCAGACGCAGACCUGCACCACCACUCAACAAGAAGCGAUCCCUCAACGGCCAAGCUAUCACACGCACAUCUCUCCCCCCGCAACACCUCUCAUUCUGAACUAAUGCCUUCGGCGGAAAUCUCUUCCCCCGAAAGUGUUUCACGGGUCAAACCCGCGGCGGUGCUUCCGCACGUCGUGGACGAACGAUACAUCGACGGCGAGCUCUGCUUCGUGUAUGCGGAUGGAUCGCACCAACCAAAAAUCGUGGAUGGAAAACCCGUCAACCCGAACUGGGGCGUGACCAAGGCGGGCAAACCGCGCAAACGACUAGCGCAGGCAUGUCUGACCUGUCGUGAAAAGAAGAUCAAGUGUCAACCAAACCGUCCCAAAUGUGAUCAGUGCCAAAAGUCGGGGCGUGAGUGCCGAUUUGAAAAUGCGCUUCGAGGAAAUCGUUCGCGAGGUUCCCAUUCACUCGGACCGUCUGGCAUGUCUUCUGACGCCACAAGCACAAUGUACGAUGUGACUCGUGCAUCAGACAGCGGGGCAUCGCUUCCCGGAAGUGGCCAUUCGCCCAUCUCAGAAAGCGUAGGAAUGACUCCGUCUGGCAUGGACAUCACGCAUGAUCCCAUGUUGGAGGCAGAACGCGCUUAUCGACAGCGCGCCGCUAGAAUUACCCGCCCUUACGAAGAAGAAGUACUCAUUCGACACGUGAACUAUCCAGAAGCCGAACGUCCUCGAGUGUACCAGGAAAUCUUGAGCGAGAUCAGCAACUCCAGCCCCGAUGAUCCCCUCUUGGUCUCGUGGAAUCGCGACCCGUUUGAGCUUGACCCCGAGAUGACUUUGCACUAUGUCGAAACUUUCUUCACAUACGUGAAUGAUGGGCUAUACCAUAUUUUCCCGCGCGCUCGGUUUCUAAUUUGGCUAAAAUCCUGCAACACCAAGUCUCAGGAAGACAAGAUGGUGCUUCACUCAAUGAUGGCGCUGGGGUCAAUAUUUUCCGACCGUCCAGACAAGGUGAAUGCUUUUCGACGAUACUCUCGCAUCGCAGGGUUUGCGAUUCAGCGAGGUCGGCAUAAUUUGUGUUUGCAAUUGGUACAGAGUCAUUUAAUAAUGAGCCUGAUGUAUUACGCUGCUGGCUCAUUAUUAGCUGCGUGGGACUCGAUUGGCUCCGCGGGACGUGUGGUCAAUGGACUUAGGUUCAACAUUGAGUCUGGUGGUGUAAUUGUUGGUCAGAACCAGCCGUGUGAAUAUGGAUUGCACCCACAAGCCCUCAUUGAAUGCCGCCGGCGGACAUUCUGGGUCGCUUUCCUCUUGGAUCGAAUCUCCUCAUUUUUCUCAGUCCCAGUCAUCUCGAUUCCCUGCGACUGUGCACUCAUUCGACUGCCGUGCCGGGAAGACAUUUACGAGGCACAACAAUACGCUACCGCCCCCUACUUCCAGAACAUUCUCAACCAGGCCUCCGGCUUCUCCGAGGAAGACCGACAUUCACUCAGUCCCAUGGCAUUUGUGAUUCAAAUACUCUCCAUCUGGGGCGACGUAUCGUUCCAGAUAUUGCGCCUAUCACAUACACCACCCGAGUGUUGGCCACAACUGGCAGAAGAAUUCCACACAAGCACAAUUCAGAGGACGGAGGAUUGGCUCACCCAACUGCCUGAACAUCUCGCAUUCUCUGUCGUCAAUAUGGAACGGGCAAGCCAAGCUAAGAAAGUGGAUGCUUUUGUUGGGAUUCAUAUGUUCUAUCAUGCGACCUUGAUGCGAUUGUACCGACAUGCCAGAUACCAGAGUCUGCGAUCGGAAAUUCUUGUUCGGCAUAUACAUCAAGCACGAUAUCAUGCGGUCGAGAUCCUGCGUAUUGCUUUGGCUGUCGUCCAAUACGCACAUGAUGUCCAGGCCUCUCGGGCCACAUCUGAUUCCUCUACAGCUCAUGGGACGCUUCUGGGCCCCUUUUUGGCAUAUGUUGUCGUCGCUGCGGUGGACGUUCUCAGUGCAGGGGGUAUGAUUGCUGAAGUGCCCAACCACAUUUCCUUCAUCAAUGGGGCAUAUGGAAUGGUCCAGCUAUUAGGCCACCACUGGGAUAGCUCUAUCAGCCUGGCCAGUCUCAUCAAGAAGCGACUUGACGCAAUGAUUGACUGCGCAAACGACCGGUCUCGCAAUCCAGAAAAGAUCUGCUUUGCCGUUGACGGUCCAUCUCUCGAGAACAGAGUACCCACCGCAACACCUGCACAGCCUCUGGCUACCCUGGAGGAAGAUCUGUUCUACGGAGCUCUUCCGCGUGAGGUCUUCCUCCGGGCUUUGAAAGCAGACGACACCGUGUCAGUCGAUAAGAAUGUCGCCUGGCUGAGGGACUAA